AUGGUCACAUUACUUCACUUGGGUCUGUUACUGCAGCUGGCGCUUUGGGAAACGACGGAGGCCAUCCACCCAGACUGCGCCCUGGUGGUUCAGCACAUGAAAGCUCAGGAAGAAUGUAACCACAUCCUCAAACAGGAGGAGAACAACCACUCCACCCGGACAGGUUGUCCAACAGUCUGGGACGACAUUCGGUGCUGGUACAGUGCUAAGGUGGGACAGGUGGUCAGCGUCUCAUGUGCUAAUGUUUCCCAGCUGUUUGCUAAUAACCAAGGUUACAUCUACAGGAACUGCACUGAAGACGGAUGGUCUGAGGUCUACCCGUCCUAUGAGGAGGCCUGUGAGUUUGCGGAAGAUGAAGAGACAGAACCAGAGACAACGUACUUCUCCAACUUCAAACAGGUGUACACUGCUGGCUACGCUACCUCCCUCAUCUCUCUCAUCUCAGCCAUUUUUGUCUUCACUGUGUUCAGGAAGUUUCACUGCACCAGAAACUACAUCCAUAUCAACCUGUUCUUCUCCUUCAUCCUGAGAGCGAGCGCUGUUUUCAUUAAAGAUGGAGUUCUUUUUUCUGAUGAAAACCUGGAUCACUGCUUCAUGUCGACUACGUCCUGUAAAUCAGCUGUGGCCUUCUUCCAGUUCAGCAUUCUUGCCAACUACUUCUGGCUGCUGGUGGAGGGCAUGUACCUGCAGACGCUGCUCGCUCUCACCUUUGUCUUCCAGAAAAAAUACUUCUGGUGGUACAUACUGAUUGGCUGGGGUCUCCCAACAACAAUCAUAACGGCGUGGAUCCUCACUCGUAACUUCUAUGAUGACAGGGGGUGCUGGGAUGACACAGAUGUGGCCUUCAUCUGGUGGAUCAUAAAAGCUCCAAUAACUGCAUCACUACUGGUGAACUUCAUCAUCUUCAUCAACGUGAUCCGUAUACUGGUUCAGAAGCUGAGGUCUCCUGGUGUUGGUGGCAAUGACACCAGUCACUUCAAGAGACUGGCCAAAUCCACUUUGCUUCUCAUCCCUCUGUUUGGGAUGCACUACAUGGUGUUUGCCUUCCUGCCAGAAAACACAGGAGCAGAAGCUCGACUCUUCAUAGAGCUUGGUGUUGGAUCCUUUCAGGGAUUCGUUGUGGCUCUGCUCUACUGUUUCCUGAAUGGUGAGGUGCAGGCAGAACUAAAGAAGAGGUUUUGGAAGUGGCAGACUCAGAGCUACCUGAGCUACAGUAAACGACGGCGUACACUGUUCACUGAGAGCAGCACGGUCACUCAGAUUUCUGUUCUCGACAAAUCCAGCCCCAAAGAUCAGCCGGGCUCAGACACACACACCCUCACACACACUGUAACACCCAACAGCAUCUCCACUGUCUGA